CCCUUCAGCAAACCAUCAUGAAAUUGAGUUGCAAUGGUUGUCGUGUUCUUCGCAAAGGUUGUAGUGAAGACUGCAUCAUCAAGCCUUGCCUUGAGUGGAUUAGUUCCCCAGAAUCUCAAGGCAAUGCCACCCUCUUCCUUGCCAAAUUUUUUGGUCGAACCGGCUUCCUCAACCUUCUCGCCAAUGGUUCUAUUCAAAAUGCCCCAGCUGUUUUUAGAUCACUGUUGUACGAGGCUUCGGGUAGAUUGGUGAAUCCAACACAUGGAGCACUUGGUUUAUUUUGGACAGGAGAGUGGAGCCGAUGUGAAGCUGCAGUUGAAGCUGUGCUAACUGGAUCUGACAUUAACAAAGCUAUAGGUGAUGAUGAAAAGACAUCAUUGACUACUCUCAUGGAAGAAAAUCAUGCUCUUCCUGUUCCAACAACCUAUGACAUACGACAUGUGGCAAAAGGCACCAAUGUGGACAUCAAAGAGAAAACUCAAUUCAAGAGAGUUGGACAAAUUUUCAAAAUCAAGCCACGAGGUGGUUUUGUCAACUCGGGAACACUUUUGAAAUCGUUUUUAGAAAAUACCAAUGUAGAAACUAUGGAGGCUUCGUCGGCAAAUCAACUUGAGCCAAACGAAGCAGUUGAGACUCAAGUGAACUUAGAGCUCAGUCUCGGUUUCAAUAGCAAAUCAACUCAAGCAAAAGGAAAAAAAUAGAUUAUUAAUUUCCUUGUAAUUCUGUUUUUUUAUAUAUACAAUGUAAUUUGGAUUUUAUUUAGGAGGUAUUUUUUAAUUA